AUGUCUACCCGAGGACGGCCCAAUGGCAGCCGCCUCCGCCCAACAACCCCAACAGAUCCAACUCUCGAAACUCACCCCGUGCCAAAGUAUCGCAACUUUUCUCCGCGAUCAUUUGGACAAGGUGCUAUAUCAGAUUUGCCCUUCCGACACCUAGACGAGCUGGAUGCGCUCUCCGAGUCAGCCGCAGAAACCCCAGAGUACACCGGACCAUUCGAUAACACAGCGCGCCGUCUGCUCGAACAAGUACAAUUUUACGAGAAACUCUACACUGAACAACAAGAAUACCUAGGCUAUGACUAUACCUGGGGUUUCUGGGUUUUCGUCACCGACUAUUCUCCCGAAACCCUCGAGAAUAUCCCACGGGCAAUGAAAAACCUCGUCAGGACCGUCGAACGACACUUACGAUCUAAUAAAAAGGUCUACAUGGAUGAAGUAGCCCGUCGCUUCAAGCUAGACGUGAUUCAAGAUGAACAGAUUCUCUCCGGUACCUCAGAUGAUCGGAUCAGAGAAGAGUUUAGAUCUCAACUUCGGACUCUUCACUCAUUCUCUGAUGGUUUUCCAUGGCCCCCGGCGCGGAAUAUGGUUUGCUUGGUUCUUGAUGGGGAAACCGCUUCGAUGCUUGCUAGUCUCGAGUUUGUAGAAGUAGAGGGUGAUCGUGAUCAUCUAGAAGAGUAUAGGGCAUUUGAGGGCAAGAAUAUUAAGGUGGUGGAUUCUUCGUGGAGUUGCCAACCUUUGGAGUGGUGGCCAGAUACUAAUUCCACGCAUGCGCGCGCGUAUCGUGGCGUGGACCAGUGCCCUAUUGUUUUCUUGCGUGACCUAUAUUUUGAUAUCACUUUGGGAUGCAGUGAUACUAUGAGAGAUCUAUACCCUUUGCAUGACCGAUGUUACUGA